UGUUGUUGAUGACGUUCGAUCAAACUUGUUAGUUUGGCGCGUAUUGUUUAGUUAGUUAUCAAAAGCAUAAACAAGCAAUAAUAACUUAAGCACGGUAGUUUUGAAGUUGUGCAUUUUGAGGAAGAAAAGUUUUUGGCAAAAUGUUGUCGUGCGAAAUGAAUAUUAUUAAAUAUAUUUUAUUUGUUUUUAAUUUAUUAUUUGCGAUAUCUGGAAUUGGUAUAAUAUUGGCUGGUGCCUUUGUAAUCAGUGACAUUGCAGAAUUUAAUCAUUUUGUUGAAGGUCGAGUUAUGGCACCACCCAUAGUUUUAAUUGUGGCUGGUGCUAUUGUAUUCUUUGUCGCUUCAUUAGGAUGUUUAGGUGCUAUUCGAGAAUCAAGGAAUAUGUUGAUUGCCUUUGCUGUUUGCUUAUUAGUAAUUUUCAUUAUGGAAUUAGCUGCUGGUAUUGCAGCCGCAUGCUUUAAGAGUGAUUUCCAAAUGACAUUAAAAUCAGCGCUUAAAGGUUCUAUGAAAAGUUAUUCCAGUAACGAUAAUGACCGUUUGGCAUGGGAAAAUGUUCAAUCAAAAUUAAAAUGCUGUGGAAUUGAUGGCCCAAUCGAUUGGUACAAUGAAAGCCCAGAGCGUUUAUUACCAAAAAGUUGCUGCCACCCAGUAAACGAAGGUGAAGAUCCAAUAUCCGAUGCGGUAUGUCGUACAGCCAUUGUAACAGCUGAUUAUGUGUAUCAAAAUGGUUGUUUUGAGAAGUUGGAAAUGAAAGUCAAUGGAGCCGCAAAUGUUUUAAUAGGCGUUGGAAUUGGAAUUGCAUUUGUUGAGAUAAUUGGAAUUAUUUUAGCAUGUUGGCUGGCUUCGUCGAUUAAAAAGGAUGAAGAAGAAAAAUAAACUUUAAGUUUUUGUUUUAAUGUUUAUUUAUAAAAACAAAAAAAUAAAUAAAUAGGUUAGAGAAUGUUAUAUCACACCUCCUAUUUUGAUAUUUCUUCCUAUAUCACAGAUGGCAGA